UGAAAUAUUAUAUCUUUAAAUGGAUGGAAUAUAAGAUGAUUCUCCAAAGAGCUUCGGUGGCACGGCUUAUGCCCAGACUCUCCCGGAACAACUUGAAAUCUGUCUAUUCCCUUUGAAGCCCGUAGCCUGGGAGCAAAACGAGAUACCAGUAUGCUGGAAAGGUGUUAUAGGGGAUCUCUCAACGAUCAUGGAUUAUUGACGUCAUAAGGUCAACUUAGGAGCGCAAUUCCGUGGUGCGAUUUCCCCGAUGGGACAAGUCUGUCGAUAGAUCGAGUGCGCAUUCAAAUCGCCCACGCACAUCCACACACAAAAAGGGUCUUGGAAAUUAGCUGGAUGGGGGCCCAAUGAGAUGGUGAUAAAUUUUAACUUUUCUACCUGGGGUACUGCCUGCCAGUCUAGAAGAGAAUACUGUAUCAAGACAAUAGCUGUGCACGAGUUCGGUCAUUUCCUUGGUUUCUCUCACGGGAAUAAUCGUCCAGAUACACCACGCAACAUCUGCACCGAAGAACCACAAGGAAAUCAUUGGACAUUUCAUGGUGAUAGCGUGGGACCUUCCCUCCGUGAUGAACUAGUGCAAACCCACUGGAGCGAGGAUAACCGCACUUGUUAGUGAAAUUGAACAAAACAUUUGUAGUACCCCUUAACUCAUUUCCCCAAGGUGUAUG